GAGUGAGACAUCACGUGACUCGAUUUUGGCCAACCGAGCUCCAGGGUCGACGUCAACCAGAAACCCGAUCGUCCGCAGCAGCGUCGUGGAUCGAGGCCACCGGCUGAUUCUCGAUCAAUUGGCUCCCAGUUUGCCUAACCUCGAUCAUGGCCACCAAACUCUGCAGAAGCCGGGCCCUGGCGUCCGUUCUACGGCCGGCAAAGCCAUCGAUCGCAACUCGCUCCGACGUUGUGGUGCGGUGUUUCGCGACAACUGCUGCCCGCGCAGACGUCGCAGUUCCCAAGGACGCACCAAACCCACGCGCUGCGCCGCGCGAUCAUGUUGGCACUCUCAAGGCGCCCCUCGUCAAUCCAGCCGACAAAUUCCAGUCCAAGGCCGACGACCUGCACAAGUACGGCUCUUGGCUGAUGGGCUGUCUCCCCAAAUUCAUUCAGCAGUUCUCGGUCUGGAAGGACGAGUUGACUAUCUACAUCUGCCCCUCCGGCGUCAUUCCAGUCUUUUCCUUCUUGAAGUACAACACCGCUGCCGAAUUCACUGCGAUCAGCGACAUCACUGCCGUCGACUUCCCGACCCGUGACCAACGAUUUGAGGUUGUUUACAACCUGCUUAGUGUCCGCCAUAAUGCGCGGAUCCGGGUCAAGACGUACGCCGACGAGGUAACGCCGGUUCCCAGCAUUACCAGCAUCUACGAAGGCGCCAACUGGUACGAGCGCGAGGUGUACGACUUGUUUGGCGUGUUCUUCGUUGGCCACCCGGAUCUGCGCCGCAUCAUGACAGACUAUGGCUUCGAGGGCCACCCGCUGCGCAAGGACUUCCCGGUUACCGGCUACACCGAGAUUCGGUACGACGAAGAGAAGAAGCGUAUCGUGACCGAGCCCCUCGAGCUCACACAGGCGUUCCGCAACUUCGAGGGAGGUUCCAGUGCCUGGGAGCAGAUUGGGCCUGGCGUGGACCGGACUCCCGACACAUUCAAGCUACCAACGCCGAAACCGGAAGAGAAGACUGAGGAGAAGAAAUAGAGCAGCCUCGGUGACAUUGUACAUAUUGUGCCAACAAAAAGAUACAACAACCAACCCC